AUGUAUAAUCAUUACCGAAAUAUCAACCCGCGUACUAUAAAUUAUAUUGAAGGACGUCAUAAUAAAUGGAAAAAAAGAUCCACAAGACCACAUCCUGAUAUUUAUGCAUUUAUUGAUUUGUUCAAAAAUGAACAACUACUUGCACAAGAUCAACGACAAAGACAUGAAGCAGGAGCAGCUCCACCAAAAAGAAAAAAAACUAUUCGUAUAGCCGAAGAAUCAUUAUAUCGUUUAUGGGAUAAAUUAGAAAAAACACAGAUUGAUACAAAAACAUUUUUAAAAGGUGCCGGUCUGCGUUACUUUCAAUAUUUAAAAAUUGAAUAA